GUAGGCAUCACAACGUGCGUUUCGUCUUCUCUGCAUGUUCUAGUAAAUUUUCUGUUGCAUCAGCUUCUGUGAAAAAAUAUGAGCAAUGUAUGAUUUAAUUCGUUACCGUAUCUUCUAAAAAUCAAAUAUUUGAAGAUGAUCAGACAAGGAGGUUUCUUUGCAAGGCGCAUACUUUUUUCUUCAUUACGCAAUGGAUGUUUUGAAUCUGUGUCUUGUUAUGGAUAUAUGUCAAACUGCCAGUCUGUUACAAGGUUUUCAACAGAAGUAACAAAAUACAGACAGUGGAGUUUACCACGGAAACUCCAGCUCUAUCAGCCAUUCAAAACAUUAAGCCAAUCCACAGAGAAUGCAACCAAAGCAACAGCGGUUGAGACAGAAAAGCUGUCGGUGUUUAAGCGAUUUAAACAGACAUACAAGGAGCAUGGUAAGGUGUUGGUUGGAGUUCAUCUCGUCACGUCACUGGUUUGGUAUGGCUCCUUCUACCUGAUUUUGUCAAGUGGUUUUGACUUGCCUGGCUUCUUAGAAAAAGUAGACUGGAAUGCAAGAGUUGUGAAACCAUUAAACUUCAUUGGCAUAGAGGUCAGUUUAGAGAGAAUAGAGAAAUUUGUUCAAGUCAUGAAAACUUCUGGCAGCUAUGCAGGGGCGUAUCUUAUGUACAAAAUCGCCACCCCUGCCAGGUAUACAGUAACACUCGGGGGAACAAACAUGGCCAUAAAAUAUUUACGGAAGUCUGGGAAGAUUCCACCUGUGAAGGAAGCGGAUAAACUGGGUCACCUGAUGAAGGAGUCCAAAGUGGAGCUAGAGGCCAGAAUGAAGAGUAGCGUGGCCCAGGGAAGGAAGAGGUACGACUCCAUGAAGGCCAAGAGACUAGGAAAUAAAAAACAGGGACAGUUAUUGAUGAAAGCUCAGGAGUUCUACAAGAAAAGAAAUGGAUCACGAAACGGGACAAUGAAGACGCAAGACAAGUGGCUGACUAAAGCACGGGAGUUUUAUAAAAAUAGAAAAAAACGGAAGUCAAGACCCUCAUAAACAAACCUGUCAAGUGUGUUAUAUAUGUAGCCUCAAAAAAUCUCAAAGCUAAUUCUGAAACAUUUAAAAAUGAUAAAAGGCAUAUUGUUUUUAAUCCUCAUUAAGAUCAUCAUAAUUAUGAAGAUUUAGUCUAUUAUUGUUCAUUGGUGAAUAUUCCAAGGUGAUUUUCUGAGUGUACUUGGACUAUGAUUUGCCUUGACUAUCAUUUUUCAUCCACUUCUGUGCAAUGAUUGCUGUCAUUUUCAAUUUGCCAUUAUUUAAUACAAUUUGUUAAAAUAAUUUUUAUUGCAACUAAGUCUGAUUGAAAACUAAAUAUGUUUUAAGUUUUACAUGUUAUGCAUAUUUUAUUAAUGACAUUGUAUCAGAUAAUUAUGUGGCAAUGUAUAUAUACCGGUACUUCUGAAUGAAUUACAGUAGAGUGUAGAAGCUCUACAUUACUUCAAUGUACACUGUAUAAUUAAAUCAAUUAAAAUAAUCUGCUACUGUUAAACAGUAACUUAAAAUAUUAUAUGAUGAACUUUUUAAUCUAUAUACAUAUUAAAUAUGUAUAAUUGUGUUUUAAACAAAUGUUUUAUCAUUGCUUGAAGA